AUGGAAUACCACGUGCAGUACAAUACCCAGGAACCUAUAAACGCGGAAAAGAAGACCUUCCUGGGACAAGGAUACAUUGAUAAAACCUUUUUGAGGAAGAAAAAAAACAGCCUCAUCCUCCUGUCCGUCUCGGCCAUCUGCAUAUUCGUGUGCUCCGCAUUUUACUUCACCAGAACCUCAAAUACUGAUGGAGGUAUUACGUACCAAAUUGCCGACAAUGUAGACGAUGAUUACGUAAUAAACUUUUUACUAAAGAGCAAAAAUGGAAAAAAAUUUAUAGCAUCCAAAGUGCAGGAGUUAAUAUCAACGUAUAGCAAGGAUAAGGAAAACACCUCCACUCAGAAUGGAGGCAUUUUUAAACGCUUUGCAAAGAGUAACAAAUGCGCAGGAAAUAAUUGCAGUGUUGGUCCUUACAGGAUGAAUGCAACUGAGGUACAAACUGUACCCCAAGCGUACCUACAGAACCCUCUAAUUGACGCAAAAUUUUUGAUGACUAAUUUGGAAAAUGUAAAUUCAUUCUAUCUUUUUAUUAAAGAGCAUGGAAAAAAAUAUCAAACUCCAGAUGAAAUGCAACAUAGAUAUUUAUCCUUUGUAGAAAAUUUGGCAAAAAUAAAUGCACACAAUAAUAAAGAAAAUGUUUCGUACAAAAAAGGAAUGAAUCGUUUUGGAGAUAUGUCCUUUGAAGAAUUUGAAAAAAAAUAUUUGACCUUAAAAACUUUCGACUUUAAAUCAAAUGGUUUAAAAUCCACACGAUUCAUCAGUUACGACGACGUAAUUCAUAAAUACAAACCAAAAGAUGGCACCUUCGAUUACCUAAAACAUGACUGGAGAGAAUUAAACGCUGUAACCCCUGUGAAGGACCAAAAGAACUGUGGUGCCUGCUGGGCAUUCAGUACAGUAGGAGUUGUCGAGUCGCAAUACGCAAUUAGAAAAAAUGAAUUAGUUUCCCUCAGUGAACAAGAAAUGGUAGAUUGCUCCUUCAAAAAUAAUGGCUGUGAUGGAGGUCUCAUCCCUCGUGCUUUUGAGGACAUGAUUGAAAUGGGAGGACUUUGCAAAGGAAAGGAAUAUCCCUAUGUAGAUACAACACCAGAACUUUGCUACAUUGACAGAUGCAAAAAGAAGUAUAAGGUAACAGCCUACGUGGAGGUACCCCAAGUUAGAUUUAAAGAAGCAAUAAAAUUUUUAGGUCCCAUAAGUGUAAGCAUUAAUGCAAAUGAUGAUUUUACCUACUACGAGGGAGGCCUCUUUGAUGGUUCAUGUUCAAUCUCCCCUAACCACGCCGUCAUCCUUGUUGGCUACGGAAUGGAAGCAAUGUAUGAUGCUAUGAGCCGACAGUAUGAGAAACGCUACUACUAUUUGCUCAGAAAUUCUUGGGGAGAGAAAUGGGGAGAAAAUGGAUACAUGAAGAUUCAAACGGAUGAGUUCGGAUUGCUGAAAACUUGUGACCUGGGUGAGGAGGCCUACGUUGCUUUAAUUGAAGAAAUUUAA